UGGAUAAUGACGAAUACUGAAUCUGGUUCUAACUUAUAACUAAGCUUGAUCGUAUCACUUUAUUAUUUAUUUCUACUGUUAGUCCGAAGAUCUUAAUAAUUUCGUAAAAUUUUUAUUGCUGUGACCAGGUGUUUUAAGUUUUUAUCAAAAGGUAAUAAAUUCGUUGGAUUUAUACUUCAGUACUCAAAUCAGCUAAACAACAAAAUGUCGUCGCGUAAAACAGCUGGACGUCGAGGUACCAACAAGAAGCGUGCACAGCGUGCCACUUCCAAUGUCUUUGCUAUGUUUGAUCAGGCUCAAAUAUUGGAGUUCAAGGAGGCUUUUAACAUGGUUGAUCAAAACCGUGAUGGGUUUGUAGACAAAGAUGAUCUUCAUGACAUGUUGGCGUCAUUAGGUAAAAAUCCUACUGAAGAAUACUUGGAAGGCAUGAUGAAUGAAGCUCCAGGACCAAUUAACUUCACCAUGUUCCUCACUCUAUUUGGUGAACGUUUGCAAGGCACCGAUCCUGAAGACGUCAUAAAAAAUGCUUUUGGCUGUUUUGAUGAAGAGAAUUUAGGAGUGAUACAGGAGGAUCGUCUAAGGGAAUUGCUGACUACUAUGGGGGACCGUUUUACUGAUGAUGAUGUUGAUGAAAUGUUACGUGAGGCACCAAUACGUGAUGGCUUGUUUGACUAUGUGGAGUUUACACGCAUUUUAAAGCAUGGAGCCAAAGAUAAGGAUGAACAAUAAACUUGGCAGAUGUGUAGCAAUUUAUUAUUACUUAUCUUCUGCUGUUACCUAAUUAUGGAUUUAUUAUAUGUUAUCCGAAAUAGCUUGUUUAAGCAUAACAUUACUUUUAUGAAUUAUUCUAUUAAUCUCUUAGUACAUUGCGGUGCUAACAUUGUAGUAGGUAUGUCUUUGAAAGGAUUUUAGGCAAAACAAUGAUCUUGUCAUGUAUUUUAUCCUUUUAGAUAAGAAUAUGGUAAGAACUAUUAGACUGUACUUUAUGUAUUUGAGCAUUUAAAAAGUAUUUAAAUUAUCAUUCCUUUAAAAGUGACUGUUUAAAAAUACAUUGUCAUAUAAUAUUAAGUUUGAUAUGAAUUUUUCAUGUAUGCAACAUAAUCUUCUUAACAAUCAUAAACCCAAUAUAACCAUAAGUUUGUAUUACAUAAUAAAGUAUUAACAUUAAAUUUG